AUGGCUGAUUUAACAAGUUUAGUUGAUGAUUCAACAACUACUGACGUUUUAUUAGAAGAUGAUACAAGUGAUGAUCAGCAUUUAACUUGUUCUUUAUGUAAAGAACUCAACUCGCAUCCCAAAAUUCUGCAAUGUCUACACGUUUAUUGUUUACAAUGUCUUAAAACACGACAAGAACAAAACACAAUCACUUGUCCAGAAUGUCAACAAAUAACACAAAUACCAAGUGGUGUUGUGGAUGAUGAUUUAUUAGAUGAUGUGGCAUUAUUGAAUGAAGUUGAACUCCGUCUGAUUCAAGAUGGUCUCGUUCGUUGCACAUCAUGUCGAACGGAAGAAUUAGCAUUUGCACGAUGUAAACAAUGUAGUACAUAUUUAUGUCAACAAUGUGUUCACGCACAUCAAAAUAUGAAGUGUUUUUUAAACCAUACGGUCGUCAAUUUAAGUGAUUUAACGUCAUUUGAUCGUUGUGUAACAUGCCCUAUUCAUUCAUUGAAAGAAUUAAAAUAUUAUUCAGCAUCACUUGGACAAUUAUGGUGUGAUGAAUGUUUGGAUAAACAUCCUCAGUCUUCAUAUGAACAAAUAAGUCCACAGUUUAUCAAUCAACUCAAAGAUGAUUUGGAAAUGAGAAUGAAAAUGGGUACAAAAAAUAUAGAUAAUGCUCAAGCACAAGUGGAUGUUAAACUAAAUCAGUUACAAACGGAUUAUGAACAAACAAAGGAAAAAUUACAAGAAAAUUUUCAAUUUUUUCAAAAUUUAUUAACAAAAAUACAUAACGAUCAGUUAUCGUCAUUGUCGGAUAUACAACGUUCGUUAGAGAUGAAGUUAUUAGAUGAAAUACAUUUAGUCCAAAUGACAACGCGACGAUUUGAGGAUGUGAACAGUUUUACAAAACGAAUUCUCGCACAAUCCAAUGGAGUUGAACUUGUUAAAAUGAAAUUGUUAAUUGAUCAUCAAUUAUCUUUAUUAAAUGAAAAUAGGUCUAUGACUAAUGGAGACCAGUUAGUUUCAUCUUCCCCCACUCAAAUUGAUUUUGUACAACAAAAAUCUAAUGACGAUAUUGAACAAGUAUUAAAAAAAUAUUUUGGAAAAUUGAUUUCUGCUGAGGAACAACAACAACAGGAUAAUGAGAAAAAUGUUGACGAAAAAACUAUACAACAGCAGCAGCAGCAAGCGCUAUUCAGUUUACCCACAUCCUCACCUGACCAAUCAGAAACUACUCUGUCAUCAGCGUCGAUCGAUCCAUUGGCCUAUUACAUUGAUAAACCGCAUCUUCAACAUUUUAAUGGUUUCGCUUGUAUACCACCACACGGUAAUGAUGUCACGCCAUCAUUAACAAACACGACAUUAACAACGUCAGCUUCAACGUCAGCCGCAAUUCCCUCACAGCAAACAGCGAUCGAUUUACGUGGAACAUCAUUCGUCAAUUCGAUUCAAACAGAAAAUAUUCGUGCCCUAGAAAAUAUUUUUAAUCAGCAAUCACAUGGACAACAACAGUUUCACCCAGCACAACAUAAUCCGUCACUAGAUUUCAGUCAACCAAACAAUGAAACAUUUUCAAUGACCAACUAUAAAAGCUUACCACAAAAUGAUAGACAGUGUCAUUCACCAUUACAAUUACCGACAAAUGGUUUUCCUGGCCGUAUGCCUGUUUAUGCUGCUUCAUCACACAAUGGUUCAUCUGUCGGCAACUCACCUCGAUCAACAACACCUUACUCCCAACUACCACUCGUUCCAUCAACGCAGCCAUCGUAUUUCUCGUUCAACAUGCCACAACAUGCAGCACAACAAGGUCAUUGCCAAUCAAUGCAAGUACGAUCUAAAUUUGGUUCAUUGGGUCCACAAAAAGGUCAAUUUAAUUCACCUCAUGGAUUCUGUCUGGGCCAAGAUGAAGAAAUAGUUGUAGCCGACACGAAUAAUCAUCGAAUUCAACUAUUUAACAUACAAGGUGAAUAUAAGACUCAAUUUGGAAUACCAGGAAGGGAAGAAGGACAAUUAUGGUAUCCACGAAAAGUAGCCUAUAUUAAACAAUCAUUAGGUGGAAAAUAUGUUAUUUGUGAUAGAGGAAAUGAACGAUCUCGAAUGCAAUUGUUCACACGAAACGGACAUUUUAUUAAAAAAAUCAGUAUUCGAUACAUUGAUAUUGUGGCUGGUUUAGCUAUCACUCAUUAUGGUGAUAUUGUUGUUUGUGAUAGUGUUAGCCCAACUGUGUUUACAAUUAGUUCUGAAACGGGUGAAUUAUUAAAAUGGUUUGAUUGUUCAGAUUAUAUGCGCGAACCAUCGGAUAUAGCAACAUAUCAACAACAUUAUUUUGUUUGCGAUUUUAAAGGGCAUUGUGUUUGCGUGUUUAAUGACAGUGGAAAAUUUUUACGACGAAUUGGAAAUGAAAAUAUAACAAAUUUUCCAAAUGGAAUUGAUAUUAGCGAUGAAGGUGAUGUUGUUAUUGGCGAUAGUCAUGGUAAUCGUUUUCAUUUAUCAGUUUAUUCAUGUGAAGGUGAUCUAAUUAAAGAAUUUGAAUGUCCAUCACAUAAAGUUAGUCGUUGUUGUGGUCUUAAAAUAACGUCGCAAGGUUACAUUGUUACAUUGGCAAAAAAUAAUCAUCAUUUACUUGUGUUAAACACACUCUAUUUAACAUAA